GCCUUCGAUUGGAUAUCAGUGAACUCCUCAUCCUGUAAGCUAAGGAGGCAGUUUUAUCUCAAUGGGAUGCACAAGCCUGGUGAUGUGAUUCUGGGUGGGUUGUUUGAAGUCCACUACACCUCCGUAUUCCCUGAGCUGACGUUCACCUCAGAGCCGACUCAGCUCAGCUGCCAGGGCUUUGACCCUCCAGGCUUCAGACAUGCCAUGACCAUGGCCUUUGCUAUUGAGGAGAUCAACAGAAGCACUGACCUGCUGCCUAAUGUGACUCUGGGAUACAGUCUGUACGAUAACUGUGCCACGCUGGUGAUUGGAUUCAGUGCCGCAUUGUCUCUGGCCAGCGGACGAGAGGAGGACUCUCUGCUUCAGGAGGCCUGUGUGGGGCCUCCUCCAGUCCUGGGGAUCGUGGGCGAUUCCUUCUCAACGUUUUCUAUUGCCUCCUCUGAUGUGAUAGGUUUAUUCAAACUGCCCAUUGUGAGUUAUUUUGCCACGUGUUCCUGCCUGAGUGACCGUCAAAGAUUCCCGUCCUUCUUCAGAACGAUACCAAGUGAUGCUUUUCAGGUGCGUGCCAUGAUUCAGAUACUCCAACAUUUUGGCUGGACGUGGGCAGGCCUGCUGGUCAGUGAUGAUGACUACGGACUCCACGUUUCCAGAUCUUUUCAGUCUGAAUUGGCUGCGUCCGGUGGAGGUUGUCUGGCCUACACAGAGAUCUUACCCUGGGGUGACGACCCAGUCGAACUCGGGAGGAUUGUGGAGGUGAUGAAGAAAUCCACAGCUCGUGUGGUCAUCGUGUUUGCACAUCAGAUCCACAUGAUACAGUUAAUGAAAGAGGUGGUGAGGCAGAAUGUGACAGGCCUGCAGUGGAUGGCCAGUGAAGCCUGGACAUCAGCUGCUGUGCUGCAGUCCCCCGACCUCAUGCCGUACCUGGGCGGAACACUGGGCAUCGCCAUCCGUCGGGGAGAAAUACCAGGACUCAGGGACUUCCUGUUACACAUCCGUCCUGACAGAGAAGACAACACUAACAAUGGAAAUAGCAUGGUGAGACAGUUUUGGGAACACACAUUUCUGUGUAGAUUUGCUCCAGCUCCGGCAACUUGGAUGGAAGCAGCAGGAGCGUUGUGCACUGGGGAUGAAGACAUAGAGAAUGUGGAGACAGAGUUUCUAGAUGUCUCUAACCUCCGGCCUGAGUACAAUAUCUACAAGGCAGUGUAUGCUCUGGCGUACGCGCUAGAUGACUUGCUGCGCUGUGAGCCAGGGGGAGGACCUUUCAGUGGCCACAGCUGUGCUGCUGUGCAAAGCCUGCAGCCAUGGCAGCUUAUGUAUUACUUGGAAAAGGUCAACUUCACCACAUCAUUUGGUGAUGAAGUGUCAUUUGAUGAAAACGGCGAUGCCUUACCGAUCUAUGACAUCAUGAACUGGCAGUGGCUUCCUGAUGGAGGAACUGAAGUUCACCGUGUGGGUGAGGUUAAGAAAUCAGCAACUAAAGGUGAAAAACUCACACUUCAUGACCAGAAGAUCUUCUGGAACUUUGAAUCCAAACAGCCUCCUCGGUCAGUCUGCAGUGAGAGCUGUCUUCCAGGAACCCGCAUGGCCAGAAAGAAGGGGGAACCUGUGUGCUGUUUUGACUGUGUCCCUUGUUCUGAGGGAGAAUUCACGGAUGAAACAGACUCCAUGGAGUGCAGCAGCUGUCCAGAGGAUUUUUGGUCCAGCCCCCAGCGUGACCAUUGCGUUCCAAAGAAAACAGAGUUCCUCUCCUACCAUGAGCCUCUGGGUAUCUGCCUGACCACCGCCUCCCUGCUGGGCACGAUUUUCUCUGCUCUCGUCCUGGGCAUCUUCAUCCAUCACCGCAGCACCCCCAUGGUGCGUGCAAACAAUUCAGAACUCAGCUUCCUACUCUUGGUUUCACUGAAAUUAUGUUUCCUUUGCUCUUUGUUGUUCAUCGGACGACCCAGACCAUGGACGUGCCAGCUGAGACAUGCAGCGUUUGGCAUCAGUUUUGUGCUUUGUGUGUCGUGUAUCCUGGUUAAAACCAUGGUGGUGCUGGCUGUUUUCAAGGCCUCCAAGCCAGGAGGGGGAGCCACUCUGAAGUGGUUUGGCUCAGUGCAGCAGAGAGGGACAAUUCUGGUUCUUACUUCUGUUCAAGCAGCAAUCUGCACUACCUGGCUUGUGUCUGCCUCACCAGCUCCUAAUAAAAACACCCAGUACCACAAUGACAAGAUAGUGUAUGAGUGUGUAGUCGGCUCCACGAUCGGCUUUGCAGUGUUGCUUGGCUACAUUGGAUUACUGGCUGUGCUCAGCUUCCUGUUAGCUUUUCUGGCGAGGAAUCUUCCCGACAACUUCAACGAGGCCAAACUCAUCACUUUCAGCAUGUUGAUCUUCUGCGCAGUGUGGCUGGCUUUCAUCCCUGCUUACGUCAACUCACCAGGCAAAUACGCAGAUGCAGUGGAGGUAUUUGCCAUUUUGGCCUCUAGUUUUGGCCUCUUGGUGGCGCUGUUUGGACCCAAAUGUUACAUCAUCCUAUUGAGACCAGAGAGGAACACAAAGAAAGCCAUCAUGAGUCGAGGCCACACAAAGUAA